GCGAUGUUGAGUCGAGGUGCUUUGCAUUCAGUCGAAGAAAAGUGCUCAACUGUAAAGCACUCACACCGAAUUCAGUGGCACCGUCUUGGACACAAAACAAACGAAACUAGAAAUAAAACGAAUAUACACACAGCAACAAGCAAUAUAGAAAUUGAAAUAGAUGAAUAUACGCAUAACAACAACAACAUCAACAACAAACAUGCAGCUACUAAAUAGGAAUGAGAAAAACAAAUGAGAGAAAAAAAACAUUGUCAACGGAUCUUAAACAUAGAUGAAAAAUAAGAAAAAAAUCGACAGUUUUGUUUUCUUGUCGUUUAAAUCAAGUGCACAAUACAAAAUUUUCAAAGAAAAAAAAUCAUCUGAUAUCACAGCAAAUUGGAGAGAAAAAAAUAAAGUGUUGAACAGAGAAAGAGAAACGUUUGAAAAUUCGAUUCAAUCUAGUGAAUCGAACAAGACUUGAAAGAGACAAAGGAAAAAAAAACCGAAAGAACUGAAGUUCAUGUAAACAAAACAAUAAGAAUUCAAGCGAAAAAGAAAGAAACAGUAAUAAAGUUUGAUAAAAAAAAAACUGUGAACUAACGAAAAAUUUUUAGCAACAACAUCGCUAGAAACGGCACAAAGAAGAUAGACGACACACAAGACAGUAGCACCGACGACAUAAAAAAGUGAAAAUGAGGCAACCAUUCGGAAUAUAUUUCAUACUUGGAUUAUUGCUAUGUAUUCAAUCAGAGCAUCUAACAGUGCAAGCACAGUCUAGGCGACCGUCAACAAUAGCACGAUCGUUGGGUGUGAAUCCAAAAGGGUCAGCGUCAUCAGACGCCUUUCAGUGUCCCGAAGAGUUCGGCUAUUAUCCGCAUCCGUCCGAUUGCUCACAGUAUUAUGUGUGCGUGUUUGGCGGAGCGUUGUUAGAGAGCUGCACGGGUGGAUUGAUGUAUAGUCAUGAGUUGCAAACGUGCGAUUGGCCACGGAACGUGGGUUGUGAAGCGUCCGAUGAGAAUGUAUCGUCAAAUGGCUCGGGACGAGAAUUGAAUGGGCGACAACAACAGCAGCAACAGCAACAACAGCAUGACGCUUAUCAAGUAGUGCCAAAUAAAUUCCGAUUUUCGUCGGUAUCGUCGACACCGCAAACCGAUCGAUAUCCGGAUUCAAUACCAGUACGCCAUUCAUCUGUGUCACCGGUUACUCAACAAACUUUAGCACCUCUAUCGAAUACGCUACCACCACAGCCGUUCGUGCAACCAAAUCCAGUGAUCACAUCACGAGGUCAACCAAAACCAUUGGACAAUCUCGAUAUCGCCAAGUUGUACGAAGCGCAUGACACAUUGCCACCGAUCGAGGAAGAAGAGUCGGAUCGCCAGCAGAGAGUGUAUCGUGGACAACCGAGCACCGUUGGCCAGGUACAACGUGAUCGCGACGGCUUAAUCACGCAACAUGUCAAUGCAUUGCCGAGCCACGGUAAAGUCGGUUCAUUUUCAUUCGGUUCGCAAAUCAAUCAACACAGUGACAUACCGGACGUGGUUUCUAUUGACAUAACUGACAACAAAAUUGAAACACAAACUGCAAAGCACUUAGACCGUAAAAAACGUGACGUUGACGAAAGCGAAGACAUAGCAACGACUGAAACGCGACGACGCGCCGACAACGGCAACAACAACGACGACUACGUCGACGGCGACGUUGACGAUGAUCACACAUCAUCGAAUGGUAAUGAAUCACACGACGAUGAACAUGAUGAAACUGCAACAACACCGAUUGAGACAGGCAAACGAACAGUGCGCCAAUUGAGGCCACCGCCACCAAUUGGACCUUGGCAAUUUUCUGUCGAUAAUUUUAAUUUGCCAAACGAACCACGAUUGCAUUCUACCUCAAGAGCUCAUCCACAAGCUGGUCACUUCCAAAGAGACACGGAACUCAGUAGUGUAAAUUACAAUACAUUUUUAACGCCGCCAGGCAGUGCACGAUCCAAUGACUUUUACAAAAAUGAAAAUCCAUACUAUCAGUUGCCAUCGUUCAAGCAAACCGAAUACAAUCCAUACGGCAAUCCGUAUGGAAACUUUAAAAAUUCCGCACCAAAUGCAGUCACCGAAUUCAAUUCACCAAAACCAUACACCAUUCACACGACAUUCGAUGUUGGUGAUGCACAGCAAACCCAUUUUAAGCCAUCAAAACUUGUGUCACAAGCACCUUUCUAUCCACUUGUUCCGAAUGGCGGUGGCGCACCGAAACCGGUACAAAAAGGCAUACCAAAUUCGGCAAUUUCAAGUUCAGCAACCGGUGAUCCUGUUGACAGUCUACCGGAAAACUUUUCCUACUAUCACAUGGCAAAUGGUGUACAAAUUAAACAGGAAUUCAAUCGUCAUCCAUCGCAAUCGAAUCAACAGAAUCUGAAAAUUCAACAAGUCCGACAACCACAAGCUCCACUCUACUAUUUAGACAAACCGGCGAAAAUUUUAAGUGCUUCAACGCCAAAAACACAUUAUGUGCAUAUUAGCACUGUUGGUGGAUUUCUCAACAAUAAUCCGACUGCAUUCGCAACCAUCAAUCACAAUAAGAAACCGAAAUUACGGCCAAACACCGUCGACAAAUACAAUGACUACACACAUCGACCCGUUUACCGCGAACCAGCCGCUGUGCAUGAGAACAAUCAAAACAAUAACAUUUACGGUGGCAAUGCUUAUAAUGUACAGGAAAAUACGGACGUUUCAACAUACUACAAUCCAUUGGUUUCACAAAGACCGAACAUUGUAACACCCGUGGCGGUAUCCACGGUGAAACCAGUGUUUAAUAAUGAAUUGCCAUUUUCGAAUUUCGAACAAAAAUCACAAAAACCACUUUACUCGUUUGAAGUGACAACGGACGAACUCAAGCCAACGGAAAAGAAUAACGGUUUUUAUAUUACACAAACGUUGAAAGAUGCAAAUGUUGAGAAGUUCACGCGGCCAUCGAUUAAGCUGCAAUCGCAAGAUCAAAAGAAUUAUGAGCCACCAAAGAGCUAUGAGGUGAUUAAAAACUAUGAUGCACCAAAGAAUUACGAUGAUCCAGUUAUAAUUGGAGGUGCAAAGAAGCGGCCACCGAUUGUGGGCCCACAAGUUGGAGUUAAUUUUGAUUUCAAUAAAUUUGUGUAUAACAUUCGUGAAUCGCAGCAUUUGCCCAAGCCAACACCAAAAUACAAUGCAAUCGCUCGGCCAAUUGAACCCGAUACCGUUUUGAUUAGACCGCAAAAUAAACCAGUGCCUAAAAAGAUUCAAACGACUACUGCCAUUCCAGACGAUUAUUACUACGAUGUGGACGAAGAACCAUUGACGACCACAGCCAAGAAAACAGUGCCACCAACUACAACCCUUAAACAUACUAAAGAGCCAGCAAUUACAACACAUAAACAUACGACAUCAACUCUAGCUGAGUACACAACCAAACCAGUGAAAACGAACUAUAUCAAUGGUUUCUCGUCACCGCACAGCAUUAGCACACCGCAAACAUUUGAAACGUCAUUCAAAGGAAAAGAUCCAAAGGUUGAAGAGGAUUAUUACGAGUACGAAGAUGAAGAUUAUAGCGGUGACAUAAAAUUACCACCGCAAAAUGUGUCAAAGUUCAUGCCGAUGUCAGAAACGGCAGCACCACGCCCAUACUCAACCACCGUAAAAUCGCUAACAAUUUUAACACAAAGACCACUAACAACGCCACCGCCAACAAUAACAACAACAACAACGAAAAAGCACAGCACAACAACCUUCGAUCGAUCGCAUUAUACAAAGAGCAGCACCGAAACAACAUCACCAAUUCCAGCGAUCAUCACAUUCCCAGAAGAUGUUUUCCAAGGUGUACGACACAACGAACAUCGUACCGAUAUUCCGCGCUAUUUAAAUCAAUCCACAUUGAGGCCGUACACGUUGCGUACACGCAAUAAACCAACCAAUCUAUCUGGACCGGUGAAAACAUCAAAAGCACCAAAAACACGCAUUAAAACGACUAUCAAAACGACCUCAUCCAGCAAAUUGACAACACUCACAAGUGAACCGACAACAACGACAACGCUGACAACCAGCACGCCCAAGACAAAGACAUUCACUAUUCGAGCCAAACAUAACAAUUACAAUACGGGCAAAGGACAACAACAACAACACCAAUCGCAAUCACAAUCACAAUCGCAAUCGACUAAUUCAAAUCGCUGGAAACAAGAAAAUAAAGCGCAAAAAGCACAACGCACAAAUGCACUGAAAAAGAACUUAUGGGAACUUGACGAACGCCUACCAAACAGAGUUGAAUCGUCUUCGCAAUUACCAUCGGCCCCAGAAAGUAAUCGAAACUAUUACAAUGCAACAAGCAAUCAAGAGUACAAUAACCCAACGCAAUACAAUUCGUAUUUCUCCGUGUAUGAUGAUGAGGCUGAAGACACUGGCGAUCUUUACAGAGACGAUUACCCAGCACAAUACAAUAAUAACCGGAAUCCAUCGCAACCGAAAUACGUGCAAACGACCUAUCGGCCAAGCACAACUCUGACCACUCAAACGCAAUCAACAUCGACUAAGAGUAUUCCACCGCCGCACCAGCCACAGCAAACAUACAUUUCCAAUUCGAAGCCCAAUUAUGACCAAGCACCAGCACAUGAAGCAUAUAAUCCAGAAUACGAUGAAGCACUUGUGGCACAGCUUGAAGCAGAUAAUGAAUAUGAUCAACCCACGAAGACACAAGUUCGAUCAAGUGAUGUCACCAAAAAUCGGACGUCGUCAUCCGAAUCAAUAAAAUUUACAUUAGGAACACGCGCGGGUUAUCCCUUCUCAAAUACUCAAUCACAAAACCACCACCAAUACAACCAACAACAACAAUACAAUCACCAAAUACCUCGUUAUCCUAGCUCUAGUCCAAAUCCAACAAUCCUAUCCCAAACAAAUGCCCCAACCAAACCAAGAAAUAACAACUACAAUCGUGACGCAAACAAACUAAAAUUAGACCCAGACCAUUCACAAACGUAUACACUAACGACUGGUUUUCGGUACAAUAACAAUAACAACAAUAACUUUGACAAAACUAGCAAUGCAAAUCGAACGUAUAGAAUAGAACAACAACACCAAAAACAUCAACAACAACAACAACAACAACAACAAAAAUCGCAUAGCGAACCAAUUGACACGACCAAAUCAUAUCGACAACAAUCGGUUGCAAUCACAAAGCCAUCGGUGUCGUCAACCACAGACACUAACUAUAACGAACAUAUUCGUGAUGAGUCUGACCAAGAACAACGUAAAAAGUAUUUAGAUUUCAUUGUGUCCGAUAAACAGCCGCAAAGUUUUCAAGCACCGAGUAAAACGCGUGUCACCAGCACCAAACCAUUAUCUCCAUCCGAAAAAGAAUUAGUCAAUGCCUUUGUAAAUAGCCAAUCGUCAUUAUUCAUUCAAUCCACUCCAAAGUCUCAUGUUAUUACCACAUUACCAAAUAAGCAAACCGAAUCGCAGCCAAUAUCUGCCAUUCACAUACCAUCAUCACGUCUACCAUCAAACGAUACCUAUCGUUUUUCCCUUACAACUGGCCUAUCAAAUGGAAAACGUAAUCAAAAUCGAAACCCCACCGAAACCGAUGAUGAUCGCGAUUCUGAACAUUCCACCGAUAACUAUCAGCAUGCAAGUCAUGCUGAAUCGGAAAAUAUUCCAUUGUACGUGAGAAAACCACAAACAACGAAUUCGAUUGAAUCAACGUUCAAUUCCAUUCAUCCCACCGUCAAUUCGAUACAUCAUCAUUCAACCAGCAACUCAAUCACUCCAUUGAAACAUGAAAUUAUCGUUCCUACAACCUAUUCGCCGUUGCGAAAUUGGAAAAUACAGUACUUGAAAAAACCCACUUUGCCUGGAUCAGAGGUGUUCAAUACAGUCGUCGAUACUGUUGCCCCAGAUGACAUGAAGAAACUUAUUUUUGGCCAACCGAUCAAUCGAACCAAAUCAGAACCAAAUCCAUCGGCUGCACCGUCAAUACAUAGAGAUGUUGUGGCGCCAAAAUCGAAGACCGUCUCCAAGUUUUCAUUCACUUUCGAUGGCGACAAGGAUUAUGAACGGCCGUCAAAAACACAAAGUCGCCAGCCAACCAAAUUUCCAUCGCUUGAGUUCCGUGAACGAUUGAAUCGAACAUUCGAUACAACAACAUCCAAACCACUCAUAUCACCCUAUGCCAGCUUGCAAACCAUUUUAGAAGACAUCAAACCAACACAGUAUCGCCCUUCGCUUGGAUCAUACAGCAUUACCAUUGGAAAGAAUAACAUUCAAUCCAACCCAACGCCAAGCACCACCACAACAACAACGACGACGACAAGAGCACCACCAGCACCCACAUCAAGCAGCUUCUUCAAAAGCUAUUUUAUUAUUACAGCGCCACCAAAGAAUACAACACAAAAGAAUUAUGUUUCAUCAACACAAAGCACACCCGCUUCAUACACACCAUUCUCAUCGUCACCGUCGUCAAGUACAACACCUAUCUCAAUCACAACAAAUUACCCAACAGUUUCAUCAACGGAACGACCAUUUGAAUGGACGCCAAUUGCAUCGUCUGUUUUCCCAAAUCAACUUGUUAAUAAUAUUCAGAUUUUACCAUCGGAUGAACGAUUCAGGCCAAUGAGACCGUCCAUCGGACAAAUCGAUAUUACAACGGAGAAACCAAUCAUUUCAAUCACAACAUCCUUCCCACAAAAGUCAAACUAUGAUAAUUAUCUACAGCAUUCGAGCAUUCCAAAUUCAGUGGUCAAUGAGAAUUUCCCACCGUAUCAAACAACAACACCGAUUUCAAUUACAACAUCUACGCCACAGUUUUCAGUAUUCCCAAACCAAAUAGAUUCACAAGCGCCGCAUGGACUUGCGUCACCAUCUGGAUUCUCGCCGAUUCCAUCGUUCCCACAGCAAGGAAGAGACCAUUACCGAAAGGUCGUACGAAUGCGAUCGAAAAAGAAGCUAAACAAUUCGGCCGGUGGACUGACGCCGGUCAUUUUGAACCCAAAUGUUCAGGAAUUCACCGAAGAUGAUCCAGAUUUGGAUCAAAUGAGAAAUAACAAUUUCAUGAAGGCUGUGGAAAAUGUGCUGUCCACCGAACAAAAGGUAGAACAAUCGACAAAGGGCUAUCGAAAACCGAGCAAGAGACCAACGACAAGAAUACCAAAUAUACACGUUUCAGCAAAUGAAGGGCUUCGACCGUCAAGCGGAAAGAAUGUUCAAUUUAUGGUAGAAGAUGAUGGAAAACUCGUGAAAUACACCGUGAUGAAUGACAAUGUUGCGCCGACGAAAUUCUUCUCCAACUAUCGCCACGUGAAAGAUGAAGAAGAACAGGAGAGCAUAAUUCAUCAUAGUUUGGGUGAUUAUAUCAAAGAUAGCCCGAAAUAUUCAAUUGUUAAAGAUGACGAAGAGCAAGAAUCAAAACAACAUGCCACACUCGAGGAUUAUGUAAAAGAUGGAGCAAACCAAGCCGAUGACAUACCUGGAAGUACGGAUGAAAUUUUGAGUAUAAUGACCGAUACAGAGGAACCAAUACCAUCGUCAACUGAAUUGCAUCCGGAUGAACGCGAAAAAUUCCGUGCAACCGUUGAAAUGCCCGAAUUUAAUGUACCCACUGAAUCGGAGAUCAAAUCUCGGCUCAAGCAGCUCGAGAGUGAAGCUGAAAAAGAUGUCGAAUCCGAAUAUCAGUACGAAACCACAACGAAAGCGGUGGCAACACGCAAAUACUCCACCGAUUUAGAUUUAACAAAUGAGACACACGAACGUAAUCAAAUUGACUAUGAACCGCCAACGACACAUAUCCGUGACUUGACUUAUGUACCGUUGACCGUGUUUGACCCAAUGACAAGUACAACCAUUCGAACAAAUAACGAUGGUAUAACGACCUCGACACAAACGCGUUUGACAACUAGCACCACACAAAAAUCCUAUAGUUCAACAAAUUCCGUACAAACGCUCCCGUCGCGCGCAUCACGAGUCAAUCCAGCGAUCAAAACAACGAUUGCGGGCACACCAACACGCCGAAUGAAUCCGCACACCACACCGGCUAUCCGUUUCCAUCAACAUACCACUCCGAUAGUCAAAUGUAUCGAUGCCAAGUGCAACGAAAUACCGUCGAGAACAAAUAACCGAAAUCGCGGUAGCUCACACUACACAUCUGGCGGAUAUGACGAUCGCACUCCUUCUGGUCCAACCUCUAAUCGCGGCACACAUCCACCUCGUAUACGUCCAACAUUGAAACCAUCUGGAUCAAUUGUUUCCAAAGCAACUGAAUUUGUUGACAUUUACCGCAAUCCACCAACACGCCCAGAACCAUUGUAUCCACAACCAAUUCCAGAUAAAACGGCUGCUAAAUGUCGCAAAGAUGUUUGCUUGUUGCCCGAUUGCUACUGCGGCGGUAGAGACAUUCCAGGCGAUAUGCCUGUUGAAGAUGUCCCACAAAUCGUUUUAUUGACAUUUGACGAUUCGGUGAAUGAUUUGAAUAAGCAAUUGUAUUCGGAUCUGUUUGGUAAGGGACGCGUCAAUCCAAACGGAUGCCCCAUUUCAGCCACAUUCUACGUUUCACACGAAUGGACCGACUACUCACAAGUGCAAAACUUGUACUCCGACGGACACGAAAUGGCAUCACACACUGUAUCGCAUAGCUUCGGAGAGCAGUUCUCGCAAAAGAAAUGGACAAGAGAAGUGGCUGGUCAACGUGAAAUUUUGGCCGCUUACGGUGGCGUUAAAUUAAACGAUGUUAGAGGCAUGCGAGCACCAUUCUUAUCGAUCGGUGGAAAUAAAAUGUUCAAAAUGCUGUACGACUCGAACUUCACCUAUGACUCAUCGAUGCCGGUCUAUGAAAAUCGACCACCUAGCUGGCCAUACACAUUGGAUUAUAAGAUUUUCCACGAUUGCAUGAUUCCACCUUGUCCCACCAAGAGUUAUCCAGGUGUCUGGCAAGUGCCGAUGGUGAUGUGGCAAGAUUUGAACGGUGGUCGUUGCUCAAUGGGAGACGCCUGCUCGAAUCCACCAGACUCCGAUGGAGUUGUUAAAAUGAUUAUGAAGAAUUUUGAACGACAUUACACAACCAACAGAGCUCCAUUCGGUCUCUUCUACCAUGCCGCCUGGUUCACACAACCGCAUCACAAAGAAGGAUUCAUCAAAUUCUUGGACACAAUAAAUGCGAUGAAUGACGUUUGGAUUGUAACCAAUUGGCAGGCAUUGCAAUGGGUGCGCGAUCCAACGCCACUCUCACGCAUGAACUCCUUUCAACCAUUCCAGUGUAACUAUCAGGAUCGACCAAAACGCUGUAACAAUCCAAAAGUGUGUAAUUUGUGGCAUAAGUCUGGCGUGCGAUACAUGCGAACGUGUCAACCGUGCCCAGAGAUCUAUCCAUGGACGGGCAAAAGUGGCAUUCGAUCAUCACGCGUUGACAAUGACAUCGACGAAUAGACACCGUCCAUUUUCAUUUAGACUGCCGUACACAUUAAUUUAAAUUAUUUUUUAAUUGAAUUCAAGAUCUUUGUUGAGUUCGGAGUUCGAAUAGCCACAAAAAUACACACGCAGAGAGACAACAAAGUCCCAUAGAUCAUUGUCAUUCGCAUUAGAAUUUAUGUAGUGGAGGCGAUGAGAAAUUUUAAUUUUUUGAAGUAAAUAUUGGAACAGUAAGGAACAAGCAAAAAAAUAAAAACAGAAACGACACACAAAUCGAAUACUCAAA